UUUCUAUUCUUGCCAACACACAAUAAUCCCUAAUUUGUUAGACUUAAGAGAGUACAGGGUAGUCCAUUCUAGGCUAAAAUCAGACAUCAAAUAAAGCUGAUGCCAAUUUAAAUUAAUUAAGUUGCAGACAACAUACCGAAGCUUGUAGUUUCAUGAAAUCCAAUUAUAGUUUGUCUCUCUAAACCAUAAUUAAACUAUACAUACAUCAAGAAUUCAGUACUCUUCCAUGCAACUAGUUGCAUGGGCAUAAACGCUGUAUCCGUCCUUAACUACAUCAUUAAUGGCGAACCCACAAUCUCACACAACUCCAAAUUUCCAAAAUCUCAAGAAUCCAAAGCCUUGACCACAACAAUAAUCAACCACUUACGUUUAGGUAGACUUGGAAAAGCUGUAUCUAUUUUAUUCUCAGCUCCAAUACCUUUCCCUUUUGCACUUUAUGCUCAUCUCUUUAAAAUAUGUGCCUCAAAUAAGGCCAUUGUUGAAGUCCGUAAAGUUGAGUCACAUUUGGUUAGUUUUGCACCAACCCCACCUGUGUUUUUGCUCAAUAGGGCAAUUGAAGCGUAUGGGAAAUGUGGGUGUUUGGUUGAUGCCAGAGAACUGUUCGAUGAAAUGCCUCAAAGAGAUGGUGGUUCUUGGAAUGCUAUGGUUACUGCUUAUUCACAAAAUGGGUAUGCUGGAAAGGCAUUGGGGGUCUUUUUUGAUAUGCAUAGGUGUGGGGUUUUUGCUUCUGAGGUUACUUUUGCGAGUGUUCUUGGUUCUUGUGCGUCCACGUUGGCGUUUUGGGUAUCUAGACAGGUGCAUUGCCUUGUUUUGAAGUAUGGUUUUGGUGGUAAUGUGAUUUUAGGGAGUUCACUUGUGGAUGUGUAUGGGAAGUGUAGGAGAAUGAGUGAUGCAAGGAGAAUGUUUGAGGAAAUUGAGAGACCGAAUGAGGUUACUUGGAAUGUGAUUGUUAGAAGGUAUCUUGAGAUGGGUAAUGGAAAAGAGUCUGUCUUUAUGUUUUUCAAAAUGAUUAGUCUUAAUGCGAGGCCGUUGACAUUUACAGUAUCGAAUGCUCUAGUUGCUUGCUCUAGUUUUAAAGGAUUUCGUGAAGGAAUUCAAAUUCAUGGAUUCAGUAUCAAGAUUAAUUAUGAAGAGGAUGGAGUGGUUUCGUGCUCUCUGAUUGAUGUGUAUGUCAAAUGUGGGGAUGUAGUAAGUGCUCGGACAAUUUUUGACCUGUUGUCCCAUAAAAAUUUGAUUCAUUGGACUUCUGUGGUGUCGGGAUAUGCUAUGAGUGGGAAAACUAGGCAAGCAAGGGAGCUUUUUGAUAGGAUGCCUGAACGCAGCAUAGUUUCAUGGAAUGCAAUGCUAGCAGGAUAUACGCGUAAUUCACAAUGGGAUGAAGCAAUGGAGUUAAUCAUUUUAAUGUGCAAUGAUACGAGCGACAUUGAUCAUAUGACACUAAGUUCGAUCCUAAAUGUUUCUGCUGGGCUUUCAGAUGUUGAAUUGGGGAAGCAGGUUCAUGGAUACAUGUAUAGGCAUGGUUUCUACUCCGACUUGUGUGUUGCCAAUGCGCUUCUUGAUAUGUAUGGAAAAUGUGGGAACUUGAGAAAGGCUAGAGCUUGGUUUUACGAAAUGAGUCAUUUCCGAGAUAUGGUUUCUUGGAAUGUUUUGUUGAGUAGCUAUGCUCAUCAUAGGAUGAGUGAAGAAGCUUUAGUGAUUUUCUGUGAUAUGCUAGGAGAGGCAAGGCCUAGUAAAUUCACUUUUGCUACUAUCUUGGCGGGUUGUGCAAAUAUUUUUGCUCGUGAACAAGGUAAACAAAUCCAUGGGUUUAUGAUUAGAAAUGAUUAUGAUUUGGACAUCGUGAUGAGAGGAGCUUUGGUUGAUAUGUAUUCCAAAUGUCGUUGUCUUGACUAUGCUCUGAAUGUUUUCUUUGAGACUCCUGUGAAAGAUGUUGUUCUGUGGAAUUCUGUGAUGCUGGGAUGUUAUUAUAACAAACAAAGUGAAGCGUUAUUGCAAUUGUUUGAGUUGAUGAAGGAGGACAGAGUGAAGCCAGAUAGUACUACCUUCCAAGCUGUAUUGCUUGCAUGUAUUUCUCAGGGUUGUGUGAAAUUGGGUGGAGAGUAUUUCAAUUCAAUGAGUCAUGAUUACUUUAUUAUACCACAGUUGGAGCAUUACGAAUCCAUGAUUAAGCUAUAUGGUCUGCAUGGAUUCUUUGAUGAGCUUGAAGAUUUUGUUAAGAAGAUGCCAUUUCAACCCACAGCCCCUAUGUUAACAAGAGUUUUUGACUUUUCCAAGGAAUACGAUAACACACGGUUAGGAAAAUGGGCUGUCAUACAUCUCAAUCUUCUGAAGGACUGAAAUUUUCUAUUCCGUUCUGCUUCAAAGUUAUGGACAAGAUCUAACUUGUAACAAGGUGGGCCAAGGCAAUUGUCACUAGAACAUGUAGACACAAGCCUGCUUGUGCACUUUGGAACUUUUUCAGUGUGCCAGAUUGCUGAAUAUUGCUCUCAGACUAAAUAUUUUACUGGGGGCAAAUGCUGCAGAGAAGCAGAUCCCCAGAAAGUGCUUGAACUUAUGAAUAUAUGCAUAAUUCGAGCACAACAAUAUUUUUGAACUGUAAUGCAUAGAAGUUGUUUUUUAGGUGGCCGCCACAUAACUCCUUGUGUUAUGAAAGAUGAUCAUUUGUGGUGGCUUUCGCAUUUUCCACAAGAAGUGGCUGUGUACAGUCAUAAGUUGAUGGUGGUCUCUAACAGAUAUAUAGGGAGCAUAUCUUCCUUUCCCAGGGUAUCGUCUGGACAGAAGCAGACCGAUGACCAAUGGAGAAGGAAAGCUAUUCAAUUAAACAACAAUUUGAGGUCAAUUCCCUACAGAUGGUGGAUCUAUUAUUCUGACAAGGUUGCUUCAAAGAAACUGGGGACAACAGGCUUUUCGCUUGAGCGUGGUAGAACUAAUCUAAGGUGAUCAUGGGCGAAGAAAUUGGUUCUUAAUUAAGAUGUAUAAGUUAUGUGUGUGAAAGAGCCAUUGUAUGUGGAUUGCACUCCCGUUGCUAUCAUUGAACCAGCGGAAAAGACUACUCGCAUAGAUGGGUGAAAAGAUGAUGUUGGUUAAGCUGACUUCAGGAUUCUUCUUACUUUAUCUGACCGGAGGCCAACAGACGAGUUCAUUGUAGUCCUGCAAGCAGUGGAACAAGGCUGGGUGAUCGCAAUAAGUCUAGUUCUAAGUCAUGUCGGAAGGUAAAAAACAGCAAACGCAAGUGCAUCCAGGAGCUACAAAUCUGCUAUGGGGGAAGGGAAGGUCUUUAAAUUUUGUUUUGAUUAAGUUUAAAGUGAUUUUUUACUACAAGUUAGGCUUCUUUUUCUUUCUCUACAGAGAAAGAAAACGUAGAAUUUUUAAGGGUGUAGAACACCUUUUUCGUAGAGUUAAUUUUUCUUUUUUGCUAUUUAGACUUUAGCUCAUUUUUGUGCUGGAUUGGAAAGAUCAUUUCCUUGCUACUUUUGUGUUGGCUAGAUAUCAGAGGUAAUAGUGUUGUUGUCGGAAAGGAUGAUGGUUUUUGGUGAUUGUGACUAGCAUGACAAAGUUAAACGA